CGAACUCACGCGAGAGCUGGCGCGACCUCGCGAAGGACGGCGGGAGCGCGGGAGGUAUGGCGUCCGUGCCGCCGUCCUGGAGUCGGCUGGAUAGACGACAAGAGCGCGACGUGCGCGAGCUCGUUCGCCUUGUGGCGGGCGUCCAAGACGAAGCGGACCCCAACUUCCAGCUCGCGUUGCACUUCGCCUGGUCCAACUUCAGAUUUCAUCGUUUCUUAGAUGUCAAUAGCCACAAAGUAGAAAAGACAAUAGAAGGGAUUUACGAAAAAUUCAUCAUUCAUUCCGAUCUAAGCAAAGCUGCUAGUUGGAAGAGAUUAACUGAAGAAUUUCUAAAUGCAUCACUUCCAAAUAUAAAGGAAUUCAAGACAGAUGUACAUUAUUCCAUACUAUCACUUCUUCUGUGUCUGUCUGAUUCUCCUUCAAACAGCAAUUAUGUGGAAACACCAAGAGAUAAAGAAAUGGAAAAGAAGGAUGAUUUUGACUGGGGAAAAUACUUGAUGGAAGGUGAAGAAAUUGACCUUGGCCCAACUGUAAACACACCGAAUUGGUCUGAAGAAAGUGAAGAUGAAAAUGAUCAACAGUCCUUAAGCAGAGAGGACUCUGGGAUUCAGGUGGACAGGACACCGUUAGAAGAACAAGAUCAAAACAGAAAACUGGGGCCUCGAGUCAUCUGGAAAGAUGAGCCAGAUGCCCGAAGCUGGUUGGAACAGCAUGUAGUGCAUCAGUACUGGACAGUCAGGUCCUCAAGAUUUCCUCAUAGUUUACAUUUGCAUUCCAAUCUAGCUACUGUCUGGGACCAACAUUUGUACAGCAGUGACCCGUUAUAUGUUCCAGAUGACCGAGUUUUUGUUACUGAAACACAGGUUAUUCGGGAAACCUUAUGGUUACUUUCAGGGGUAAAAAAGCUCUUUAUAUUUCAGUUGAUUGAUGGAAAAGUAACUGUGAGGAACAAUAUUAUGGUAACUCAUUUGACACAUAGCUGUUUACGAUCAGUGCUAGAACAAAUCGCAGCAUAUGGCCAGGUUGUGUUUCGACUCCAGGAAUUCAUUGAUGAAGUCAUGGGGCAUAGUUCUGAAAGCAUGUUACCUGGAAAUGGUUCUGUUCCUAAGAAGUCAACGGAAGCACCUUUUAGAACAUACCAGGCUUUCAUGUGGGCCCUGUACAAAUACUUCAUUAAUUUCAAAGAGGAACUUGCACAAAUUGAGAAGUGCAUCAUCAAUAAUGAUACUACAGUAACUCUUGCAAUAGUGGUGGACAAGUUGUCACCUCGAUUGGCUCAACUCAAAGUUCUGCACAAAGUGUUUAGUACUGGAGUAGCAGAAGUUCCACCUGACACUCGAAACGUUGUCCGAGCAUCUCAUCUACUCAACACCCUGUACAAAGCCAUUCUUGAAUACGACAAUGUUGGAGAAGCCUCUGAGCAAACUGUCUCUUUGCUGUUCUCCCUCUGGGUGGAGACCGUGCGGCCCUACCUGCAGACUGUGGAUGAGUGGAUCGUGCAUGGGCACCUGUGCGACUCUGCCAGGGAGUUCAUCAUCCAGAGAAACAAAAAUGUUCCAGUAAAUCACAGAGACUUCUGGUAUGCAACCUACACACUAUACAGUGUAUCUGAAAAGACAGAAAAUGAAGAAAAGAUGAGUGACAAUGCUAGUGCCAGCUCUGGCAGUGAUCAAGGGCUCUCCAGCAGGCAGCACACCAUGGUGUCCUUCCUGAAACCCGUCCUCAAGCAGAUCAUAAUGGCUGGCAAGUCAAUGCAGCUGCUGAAGAACCUGCAGUGCACGGAGAGCACCACGUGCCAGGCCACAGCUAGAGAUGCAGAAAGAAAAAGUCUGUAUACCCUCUUUUUGGAGUCUGUACAGUCUCGUCUUCGACAUGGAGAAGACUUCACUGCACAGGCCCUCACUGAGCAGCAGGCCACCAGAGAGACCCUGAUAAAGAUGCAGUCCAUCGCCGAGAGGCAUCUUGCAUUGGAUGACGUUCACGAUCCACUGCUGGCAAUUAAUUUUGCAAGGUUGUAUUUGGAACAGAGUGACUUUCACGAGAAGUUUGCUGGUGGAGACGUAUGUGUGGAUAGAUCAUCAGAAUCUGUGACUUGCCAGACUUUUGAAUUAACGCUGAGAUCUUGCCUCUAUCCCCAUAUUGACAAACAAUAUCUAGAUUGCUGUGGAAACCUCAUGCGAACUCUAAAAAAAGAUUAUAGGCUAGUUGAAUACUUGCAGGCCAUGAGGAAUUUCUUCUUAAUGGAAGGGGGAGAUACCAUGUAUGACUUCUACACAUCAAUUUUUGAUAAAAUAAGGGAAAAGGAAACCUGGCAGAAUGUGUCUUUUCUUAAUGUCCAGCUCCAAGAAGCAGUAGGACAGCGUUAUCCUGAAGACAGUUCACGUCUAUCUAUAUCUUUUGAGAAUGUUGACACAGCUAAGAAGAAACUCCCUGUUCAUAUCUUAGAUGGUCUGACCCUGAGCUAUAAGGUCCCAUGGCCUGUGGACAUUGUUAUAAGUUUGGAAUGUCAAAAAAUUUAUAAUCAGGUGUUCCUUCUCUUACUGCAAAUAAAAUGGGCAAAAUAUAGCCUGGAUGUUUUAUUAUUUGGUGAACUAGCUAAUCCUGCUGACAGAUCACAGCGUAAAGAAGGACUUUUAGGUAACCCAGACACAGCUGCUCAUUUUGGCCCACAGAAGGAGCCAGUAAGACUGCAGGUUCAUCGUAUGUUCCUCUUAAGAGUGAAGCUCAUGCACUUUGUGAACAGCUUACACAACUACAUCAUGACCAGGAUUCUUCACAGUACAGGGCUGGAGUUUCAACAUCAAGUUGAAGAAGCUAAGGAUUUAGAUCAGUUGAUUAAAAUUCACUAUAGAUACUUAUCAACCAUCCAUGAUCGAUGUCUGCUGAGAGAAAAGGUCAGCUUUGUGAAGGAAGCCAUCAUGAAGGUGUUGAACUUGGCUCUCAUGUUUGCAGAGGGGUGGCAGGCUGGCCUGGGGGCAUGGCAGAUGGAAUCUAUAGAGAAAAUGGAGUCUGAUUUUAAAAACUGCCAUAUGUUUCUUGUAACCAUUUUAAACAAAGCUGUCUGUAGAGGAUCCUUUCCCCAUUUGGAAUCUCUAGCACUAUCACUCAUGGCUGGCAUGGAACAAAGUUAAAUAUCUUCAGUGUAGUAAAUACCUCAGAUUCAAUCUUUAUACAUAUACAUUUCCACCAUAUGGAGCUAAGAAAUGGGACUCUUAUUUUGGUUUAUUUUUAAACUGUUGUCUACUGUCCAAACAAGUGAGUUUUAUGUGUGUUCUCUUGGGAUUAUUGGUUGGUAUAUAGAUUUAUGUGUAUAAAACUUUAUCAAUGCAAAGUGAAUACAGUCUGUUUACACUUAUAUUUCCUACUGUAAGCAAUAGCUUUAUGGUAUUGGUACCUUUAAAUGUAAAAUAUAUCAUUUUUGAAAAUGUAAUUAAUAUUAAAAAUAAAGCACUUUAUUCCCCUUU